CUCUCUGCGCCGCGUUGGUUUCUGGGAAAUCCUGUUUUCCUGAUGUGGGAAAGAUGGCGAGCGUUCAGCCGCCUCCUCUUCGAAGUUUGGAUGAUUUCGUCCUGAGCUCGGCCCGGUUCGCAGUGCCAGAUGUUCGGAACUUGGACCGCUGGAACAACCGGAUGAUAAACAACCUUCUGUACUACCAGAGCAACUACUUCCUGUCCGCGGCGGGCUUCCUGCUCAUCGUGGGGUAUUUUCAGCCAGUCCAGCUUUUUGUUGGGAUGACAGUGGUCACCUUGUUGUUCCUGGGAUUUGUCUGGGCUGCAGAGAACCAAGCUCCCAUCCGCCGGUUCCGGAGAAAUCAUCCAUCCUUAAGUGUGCUGGCCAUUCUGUUGACGAGCUGUCUGUUGAUAUCAGUGCUGGGAGGAGUUGGAGUGUUCUUGUUUGGGAUAGCAUUCCCUAUACUGAUGGUUGUGGUCCAUGCGUCCGUGAGGCUGCGCAACCUGAAGAACAAACUGGAGAACAAGCUUGAGAGCAUCGGUCUGAAGAGAACACCCAUGGGUCUCCUGUUGGAGGCCCUGGGACAGGAACAGGAGGCUGGAUCCUAAAGGAGGAUGAGGAAAAGAUGGGGCAGGGCUCAAAGGAGCGAAGAAGACAACAAGGAUGUAAGGGAGGGAGGAAAAAAAAAGAAGUCUUUGUUUACAUUUUUAUUCUAAUCUGAAGGAAACAAGCUGGUUUUUACAUGUUUAUUACCAUGUUUUAAAUAGUUUUUCUGAUUUGUUUCUUUAUAUCCCAGACAUUGUGCAUUUGAUUAGAUGGAUGUAGUCCCAUGAGCAGAAAGAAGGAUUGAUACGGUGGUUUUAUUUCAGUGGAUCAUAGCUUCCUGAMUGUAAGUGUAUUGGUGCUUUUCUUAUGUUUUUGUACAUGUAUUCAUUGGUCAAAUCUUUUUACUCAAACUGACAUCAAGCAACAAAAAACACACAAGCUUUAGUAAAGGAGUAAAGUUGUUUUGUUACAAGGACAGAGAAGCAGAGUAACAAGUCAUGAAGUUUUUGUUAUUAAGCUAAAUUAAUAAAUUUUAUGUUUAACUGUAGAAAAAGUAAAGAUUUGGACCAUCUGCAAACAAGUCCAUGAGAAGAUGAUCCAGGGCACUAGAUUUUAUUGAUCAGUUUUUGUCUUUAGUUUAAAAAAAAUGCAGCACUGUCAUUGUAACUAACACACAUUUUCAGCUGCCGUCUCACUACAUUGGUGACCAAAUGACUUGUGUUCUGUAUGGCUGAAGUUUGCACGACCAUUUUUUUUUUUUUUUUUUAUGCGCUAUUUUUGUGUGCACAGUUCACAAAAACUGUAUUCUAGGCUGUGACUCAGGUAAGUUUAUGCCUGAUAGAAACAGGGACCAGGCUAUAUUAUUAAGUGACUUAUCACCCUGUACUUACUGAGUACAUAUUAGGUAUUUACUGGUUAUGUACUGGGUACCUUCUUGGUACUUACCUGGUACUGAUGGUAUUGAGCUUUAUUAUGAAGUGACUUGUUACCUUGUACCAGGUACAUACCUGACAGUUACCAGGUUCAUACUUAACAGUUACAUACCAAAAUGUAUUUUGUAUUUCUCUGAAAAACUCAGAUCAGAACCAGAAAAUCAGAACCAGAAGUGUGAUCAUGUCUUAAGAUCUCGUUCCUCGUGUUAUAAUGUAAAUAACUUCACUGAAAGCUUUAUAUGAGCGAUGUAGAACAACUUGUCUUUGAAGACCAAUAAAGAAAACAUUUUGUUGUUUGCUUAGAACACUAUACAACAAGCACAGCCAUAAGUUUUAAUGCAUAUCUGCACAGUUAAAGUAAAACUGACAAUGAACAGUUUCACUGAAGGAAUGUUAUUUUCUAAGUUGUGUUUUUAUUAUAUUGCUCACACCUAACAUCAGGAAUCUGUUGUAAAUUUCAGCAGCAACAUCUGAACCUGAUUUCUUCUCCUGCAUCAAAGAAACAGGGUUUAUUUUAAAUUACAUAUUUUUACAGAAUCUUAAAUUUGGCUGCACUACUCAGUUUAGUAUGUUUAUUAGGAUGCAGAUGAUAUUUCAAAUGUAUUGUUAAAAUUUAUCUUUGUAAACUUUUUAUUUACGGUUUUCUGUUACAUGAGUAUGUGUGUGUUAUUCUGUAAACUAAUGAAACUUUGAUUCAUCUGAACCUAAAUGAUUAAUUUAAAUAUAUAAAUUUUUAAUUGUCUGUACAUUUUUGCAGAUAUUCACAGCUGCCUUUCUUUCAUAAAUGUUAUACGUUUUUCAAACUACAUGUUUUUGACUUUGCCAAAUGCUGAUAAUUCACAUUUUUCAAUAAAAAAGUGCAACAUUG